AUGUCUACCAGAUACGCACUCGUUUCUCUGCCGCUCGGCAUCUUCGACUCCAGCGAUAAGGAAGACGCCAUUGCCUCCCUGAACGCUACCAUUUCGCCCGAGAAUGGCAGCGUACGCCCUUUCAACAUACCUGAUUUCAAAAUCGGUACUUUGGAUGCGUUGGUUCAGCAAGCCGAUGACCUCGCUAAACUGGAGUCUACCUGCGAGGCUGUCGUAGCGAAGGUCGCUGACUCCUUGAAGUCAAUCCUCGACGGCGACGAGGACAAGAUCUCCCAGCAAAAGAUGGUCAACGACAAGCCUACCGAUCAAUACGUCAGUUCCUUCUCCUGGAACAGGGUCCGAUACCGCGCCGACAAGCCUCUGAGCGAACUUGUCGAUACUCUACAAAAGGAGCUCAUCACUACCGACAACGAUGUCAAGAGCAAGUUCAAUCAGUAUAACUCGGUUAAGACAAACUUCGCCACGCUGCAGCGCAAACAGACUGGCAACCUGGCAACUAAGUCCCUCACCCCUGUCGUUGAUCCAGCAUUGCUCAUCCAACAUUCGGAAUAUCUGGAGACGCAUCUGAUCGUCGUGCCAAACAACGCGAAGAAGGAUUUCUUGAGAAGCUAUGAAACGUUGGCACCGAUGGUCGUCCCCCGUUCUGCCGUACAAGUUGCCUCUGACGAGGAGUUCACCUUAUUUGCCGUUACAGCAUUCAAGAAACACAGUGCCGAAUUUCUACAAAAGUGUCGCGAGCAGAAAUGGACCCCGCGUCAGUACAAGUACGUCGAAGGCGGCAAGGAGGAGGAGCAACGCGAGCUGGACAGGGUGGCUCGCGAAGAGAAGAAGACAUGGGGCGAGGCUCUGAGAAUUGGCCGGACUGGCUGGAGCGAGAGCGUCAUGAUCUGGCUGCACGUGCUCGCACUGCGCGUAUUCGUUGAAGCAGUCCUUCGCUACGGACUCCCACUUGACUACGUCAGUGUCCUUAUCAAGACAAAUUCGAAGUUGGUCAAGAAGGUUAAAACUGCACUCGACUCCAACUACUCGUAUCUGGGAGGCAAUGCUUUUGGGAGAGAUAAGCGCGGCAAGAUCACCAAAGAUGACGCCACAUUGUCAUCCGAGAUGGCGGCAGCCGGCCUAGGCGGAGGCGAGGGCCAUGAGUACACGGCAUAUGUGUACUACGAGUUCGACUUCCCCUGA